UAUCGUUUAUUUGUUAUUUGUCUAUCUAUUAAAUAAAAACGCUGCUUUGCUUCACACAUGAUGUACAAGCCCAAACGAUGACGUAAUAAUGUAUGGGAUACUCGUUUUUUAUCGCGAGACGUGUAGCAGGCGGUUUCAUAUUACCUAACGCGUGCAUGUGUUUGCCUUUAUGUGUUAACUUUGGGGAGUCCGGAUUUGCGGCACUAUGGUAUAUUAAGAUUUAUAGGUAAUCCUUCUGCCCCACUAUUGCACUAAUCUUCAGUGUAUAAGAUCGACAGCACAGCGUUCAUUAGACGUUUGUUAAUUAAGCUAAUAAGUACCUUGCAAUAUAUUGUACAGUGACUAACGACAUGGCAAAACGAAAAACGGAUAGCAGCUGUACCAAUUCCGAAUCAUGUAAAACAAGUAAUUCGUGCAAAUUUGUAGAGAAACAACUUCUUCUACCUACAAUAUAUAAAUUAAAUCUUUCUUUUGGUAAGAAAGUAAUUAUCGGAUUUGAAGAGGAUGAACAAAGUGGCGAUUUAUAUCCAGCGGCUCGUUUAAUCGGAAAAGAUUUUAUUGGCGUGUCAUUUAAAACAAAUGCCUGGUAUAAUUUCCAGAAAGAUUUUAACACUAUAUCCGAAUAUUUUGAUACGACUGAUGACGUGGCUGAGAAAAUGCGUGAUCAGCAAUUUAUAAAAGAAGAUUUCUUACUACUAUUCACAAUUUCAUAUGGUCAACGAUCUAUAAUUAUUGAGGGUUUGCAAAACUACUGCAGGGAAGAGCUUGAUAUACAAAAUCGUCAAGACGCUGCAAAAAAGAGAAGAAAAUUUAACCCCUGGGCAAUAAUAAUCCAAAAAAACACUUUUGAUAAUCUUAAAGAAAUAUGUGUAUGCAUUAAUGAACGCUUGAAAAAACUUGAAGCAAUCACUGAAUGCGUCAAUUAUUGUAAAGAUAUUUUAAUCAAGCGGAUAAAUAUAGAAGUGUCAAAAAAUGAUUUUAAAAUGGAUUUACAUUCCGUAACGCAUUUUAUUAAAACUGUACGUAGUAUUCUUGAAAAACAGAUUUGUAACGAAGUAAAUAUAAAAUAUCCGAUAUUUGCCGAGCAAGAAUUCCACAUUAUUUUUCUCGAGCUAACAACGAUAUACAGAACUUACACCGCCCAAAAAGUUAUCAAUGCUGCGAUCAAUACAUCGGUUUUAGAGUAAAUAAACCUGGUUACGCCGCUGUGUUCAUGUGUAUAAUACCUGGAUACCGAGCAUGCUUUCCAACUGGUU